GGCUUUCAGCAACAUGCAAACCCCUGCUUAUAGAAAGUAAAACUGUACCUAGCAGUCUUGCGGCCGGAAGUCGCAAAGCACAACGACUCAAACUUUCGUCCGUUCACCAAACUCGCCUCCAUAAUUUUUUUUAUUUUCCUUUUUUUUUUUCAAUGGAGAUUCGAGUAAGGCGCUAAUAAACAACAGCUUCAAGCCUCGUUUUGCGGCAAGCCGUGUCCUUUUCGCCAGCAUACCUUAGACUACCUACCUUAGGUACCUAACCUAGGCAAUCAAUCGGCUUUGACAAUCUGGCAAUAUCGCAACCUCGACGUCACUACGGUUGGCUCGGUUCCGCCGCACAACCCGACAAAUGCCUACCGUUCAGGGCCUCAGCGCGCAGCGGGCGCGCUCGUAUGUGUUCCGUCUGCCGCUAUUCACACGCUGCAUGGUUGCUAUUAUGACCACCUUCUGGAUUGUCUCUCUCCAGUCCGCCUGGGAUGUGCGACAGUGGGGUGCCUUGAUUCCCAACGAGUUGACUCUGUCAACCAUGUAUCGAAUAAAUACGUUCCCGUUAAUACAUAUCAACUUCUUCCACGCCCUCUUCAAUAUCCUGUCCUUGACGCCGCUCCUUGAGAGAUUUGAAAACGAAUUUGGCACUUUGACCUCCCUUGCGCUGUUUUUUGGCCCUUUAACAACGAUUCCGGCUUUUAUCUAUAUAAUAUGGGAGAAGUUCAUUAUAAAAGGCAAUACAGCCGUUAUGGGAGCCAGCCUCUGGGUAUUUUUGCUACUGGGCAUUGAGGCUAUUCGAACGUACAAGACCAACCCGUACCUUGUAAUAGGGACACAUCACGUCCCGACGUGGACCACCCCUCUGAUGAUGGUAUUGGUAGUUGAGGCAUUGAUCCCUAAUACUAGUUUCAUGGGCCAUCUGUGCGGCGUGGGCACGGGUUAUCUGUUCGGCCUGGGUUACCUCAAGUUCCUCUCACCUCCGGAGAAAAUUCUACGAUGGAUCGAAGCUCGUCUCAACCUGCUAGGAAUAUUGCCGCACUACGUUAGCGUGGACCAGAAGACGUACGGUAGAUUCGGCGUCUUACCGACAAGCAAUUCGACUAGUCAGAUGACACCGUUGGGUUUGAUGGGUUCUACGCAGCGGUUAGGUCCCUAGCGUGGGUUCCGAGGGAGCUUGAGAAGAGCGGAGAUAGAUUUGGUGAAUGCUAUUCCUGUAUAUAGCUCGUGGUUAUUGGGCAUUCCAACAUUGCAUCACACUGGCGUUUCUGGAAGGGAAAAUACCAUUCGCAUCACGAGGCAGUAUAAUACUUUAUUUACCAUGACAUUUGUUUUGGGGGUAAGGCCGGUUACCUGUGUUGUCGUAAACCUUUCUAAAUGCCUUGAGAAUGAUAUACAUGUGUUACUGUGAUUAGGUACUUCAUAUUAAUUUUCUUGAUUUUCCUG